UCUUCGCAAGUGCAACUUCAAACAGUGACAAAAAAAGUGAAAAUGAAAAGCCCGAAAGUCUCAGAAAGUCGGAAAAUCAGAAAACCGUUAAUCGAGAAAAAACGCCGAGCUCGCAUCAACGAUAGUCUGGAAACUUUAAAACAAAUUUUAUUGGAGUCCAAAACGUAUCUAAAAGAAGGAAAAAAGGGCCAGAGAUAUUCAAAACUGGAAAAAGCUGAUAUAUUAGAAUUGACAGUGACAUAUUUGCAACAAUUACACGGAAAAUUCAGGGAAAAUCGAAUCGAUAGCGAUGAUAAAGAAAACGAUAAUCAUUCCAACAAAAAAUCGUUAGCUGACGAAGAAAAUUUUGUAAAAAACAACACUAUAAUCAUCAGGAGCGACAGGAAGAUCCAACCUAGUUUCGUUCGGAAAGAACCUGUGCUCAUCAGACCAGCUGACAGUUCUUCGGAAAACGUCAAAAUAGGAGUGACCCUUUUUCCAACAAGAUUGCAUAGUGGACAUAUCGUGUAUUUUUUACCUAAAAAUUUGGGUGAAAAAAGUGUUAAUGGACAUUUAGUAGAAAGUAAGGAAAAAGUUUGGAGACCUUGGUGA